AUGAAAUCCAACGUGACAUUGCACGACAGGCUUAUUAAGCAGAACGAGAUUAACCGUCAGAGGUUGGCGCGAGAACUCGUGAAACUGGAGAAGGUGGAAAAGUCGGAUCUCAGGAUGAUAGAGACAGAGAGGCACCGGUUUCGUUCGCGUCACAAGAACCUGGAAUCGAGGCAACCGUCCACCGGAUCGAACGCUAUUAACGUGCGCAUGUACGAUACACACAAUCCGGGGUUUUGCUACCAUUGUACGGGUGCCAUAAAAGAAUGCGGUAUAACAUCGAAAGAAAAGACGUCCAAAGAUUCCUACGACUUCGUGCACUCGAUGAUCUUCACUAACAGUGAAGUCGAUCCUCUUAAAGUUCUUUGCCUGCAUCUGCUGACUGCUCACACCACCAAAUGGAACAAUAACGACAGUUCUACCGUCAGACCUGUGACGCCUUUACUGGAAAAAGCUAAACAGAAACGGUUCUCUGGCGCAUGGAACAACAGUCUACCUUGUUACGUGGUAGACACGGAAGACGCUUCAACGAUCGGAAACGUGAAACUACACGAAGAUCCUCGAAAAAAGAUUUUAGAUGACCAGGCGAUCCAUGAUUUCGAGGAGAGGUACAGGCAAUACAUGGAAAACAACGAUGAUCUCGGAAAGGUUUUAUCGACCAACGUUAAAAAUACCAAAAACACCCAGCAGGGCCUUCAGAAAAUGCCAGCAAUUUCGCCUCACGUCUAUUCUUUGUUGGGCCCUUCUCACGAGCUGCGAAUCAAACAAGCUCUAGCCGUAGGCAUGUCUAGAAGAAAAUUAGCUUGUUCGAGCAUGGAACUGAACGGACUGGACGAAAAUAGUUACUCGUUCCAUCUCGACGAUGACGAUGAUGCGUCGAGCGGAACGACCACCAACGAGUCAAACAGGAAUUGGGUCACAAGGUCCACGCGUAGCCCAUCGAGACGGUCCACGAUCGGCUCGAUGAAGCUGGAUCAUAGAUUCACGAUGUUAAAGUCGGGACGAAGUAAUCCUACCGACUACAUGACCCACAAAUCAAAAAACUAUGACACUCACAAAGAUUUUACCGUACAAUCGAGUUUGAGAACGAUGAAAGAUGUUUUCUCGAUAACUUCGAGCACAAAGUCACCGUUUCGCGGUGUACUUGGAAGUCGUCCGUCGACCAGCAAUUCUCUCCUCUCGGCGUCGAUGAAUCCCGAUGCCAUGAAGAACUUCAGAAAAUGCAUUUACCUGAACACAUCGGCCAGACGCAUCGGGCAACGGAAGGAUUACACUAUCGUGCCGAUUCUUGUCAAUUAUCAGAUUCAGGCGUUGGUGCAGACCGUGCUCGACGUUCUGGAACGGGUGAAUCCUGAAAAAUUGAGAAUCAUCGUUGAGACUGCGCGAGACACGGAAGAGAUAAGAAAAAUGCUGUUGCGACCCGCGAUGAAAAGUUUCGUGCAAUCGUUAAUCGGUCAGUCGUUGCUGUCUUCUCCGGAAAGCUAUGUCGUUUCAGUCGCUGCGGUGGCGGACGAAAUGGAUUUUCGUUUCGAAGAGAUUCUAGAAAAGGAAAUAAUCGCUCUGACUCUGGAAAUGCCAUCAGCUCCAUGCCUGAACGCUCUAAUCGCCGAGAUACGAAAUAACAUAUUCCGCGGUACAAAAAAGAAGACGCAACUAAAUGAGAAUACCGAGGAAAUCUCUUCUGCCCCCGUUAAACAAAAAGUUGAAAAUGAGGACACAGCAAAAAAUACCUUGAACGCGAUGCAAACAGUCGACAAGCCCGGAGUGUGCUUCACGUGCCAUGAAAAUUCGCCCAUUGCGGAUGAAGAUAAGAAAGAUCAUUCGGAAAUGCAUAGCAACGUCGAGAAACCAAUGAAACGUAUGAACUAUGAAAGAGGAGUGUUCUCGAAAGAAAAUGACACGAUACAAUCGAAAGUGAACAUCGGAGUUGACCAGCCGGGAAUGUCCAACGAAGAUAAUAUUGCGGAAACGCCGUCUGGAGACAGCCUGAAGAUAAACUCAUUGACGAAGACCGACGAGCAUCGGAUAUCUUCAGGAAACGUUUUCAUUAAACGUACCGCGAAUGCCAAAAGUUGGAAAGCUGCCCAGGAUCUUGGUCAUUUAGACGCAGAUCAUGUAAUAUUGCGAAGAAUGACGAACACUCAGAGAAUUUUAGUAGGGCAGAUGUGUGCCUCUCUUAAGAGCAAAAGAAUUAAUAAUCAAGGUUUAAUUAACGAAAGCGUCCCGCUAGCGGCAUUAAUUACUCCAGCUUUAUCGCGAGAUAGCAUUAAAGUUUUAACACGCGGUACAGUGUAUUCGAAAGCGGACAACGUAAUUAAAGAACAAGAAGAAACGGAAGAGAAUGUUGUAAUACCGGAUAAAAUAACCGGCCCUCUGCUCGCCAAGAUACGGCAAGAUGUCGCAGAGAAUGAGACGAAACGACGAUUAAAGCGCUUCCUAAAUUACGAAGGGAUCGAAAAGAAAUUAUAA